UUUUACGCAAAAAAAAAAAAAAAAUUUAUACCUCAUCCACCACAGCAGAUAACCAUCGCCGUGAGGAGCACACUUAACUGUCGUGUUUUGAUGACGCAAUCACUGGGACUUUCCGGAUACGUCACUCGGGGCUUCCGAGUUAUUAAGCUAGCUCUACCUCUGUGUUCAUAUCGUUAGACACUGUAAACGUCGCCUCGUUGCUCUGGAGUACACGCCAAAAGAGACCAUGAAAACGCCAAAGGCUCCUAACAGCACCGAGAGGUUUGAAUAUUGAGACGUCGUUGUCGGGAGCGACAGUCAGACCGAGAGGCGGAAUGUCAACAACGCGGCCCCUCCUCGGAAUGAGACGAGUCACCGAGCUAACGUGCCCUGAGCAGCCGACCAGCAGGCUCCCUGCGUCAGCCGCGAGGCAGCAGCUAGAGGCCCCCACAGUGGACGAGUUUACGGUGCUAGAGGAUAAAGAAGACGAGCUGAAAUGUGCCAAGCCUCGAGUGGAGCAGGUUUUUAAAGUAACGUUCACCAUUAUUGGUCUUUUGGACCACACAGGACAGCCGCACGGUAGCAAAACAUCACGGCAGAUAUGGCUGCAGCUCAGAGGAAACAGAGACGACGUGUCGAAGGCGAAGGAAUAUGUUCGAGGACUCUGUGACCCAGAGCUGCAGAAAGAAGAGCGGUACCCAGUGGACAUGCACUGUAUUUUUGCUGGUGCGCGGGGCCUCUUCUUGGACAGGCUCAUACGGGACACAAGUGCUGAGGUUGUGGUGCCUGAGCCAGGCCGUCUGCGGUUGUUGGGCCGUGCUGAACCAGUUGUGAUGGCCCAGAGCAGAGUUCAGCAAUUUGUAGCAUUAUUCCAGGAGAAGCGAAGUCUACCGAGUGACAGAGAACCAGCAGUGAAACGAGCGUUCAAGUCCUUUGUGGAGGAAAGGGAUGAUAAGUACACUAUGGAGCUUCUUUUGCUGCCCAGUGCCCUGAAGGAAGAGUUACUGGGACUGGCUCAUAGCCCCACUACCACAAACACAUCCUCCCUGGCUCAGCUCAACCAGACGCUGCAUCCCAGCAUGGCAGAGGUCGACCAGGACCGCUCACAGAGCAGCACCCCUGUGACAGAACUCUCCAACCGUAUCCUGGGCACCAGCUUUGAGGAGAAAGGGAGCGGAGCAGCAACUGUCAGCGGAGGAAUUAAAACAGGAGGAGCGAUAGGCUUAGGUCCUGAGGCCGUCCUGCUCAACGGCACUCGGCCCUCGCACAAGCGGCGCUCAUCUGAGAGCGAGACUCGCGACACAAAGAGACAGUACUCUCUGGAGCGGAGGGACGAGUCGCCGGAGAGAGCGAGAGAGAGGGAGCGACAGAGGGACAGAGAAGGCCGGGGGAGCAGUAGCAGCUGUAGAUCCAAAACCCCCUCUGCCUCGUCAUCCCUCUCCUCCUCAGGAAAAGCAAACACAGUAGCCGGUGUGAUCAUGUUGGACUCCAGUGAAGUCUCCGAUGACGGAGAGGCUGUAAGCCCAGAAACCAACCUCCGCUGCUUGGUCAAUUUUUUCAGAACCAUGGGCUACCAGCAGGAAGUGGUGGAGCGUGUUGUCAAGGAGACGGGACAGACAGAGGAUACCUUCCUCAUUCUGGAAAAAAUUGUUGAGGAAACCAAGCGCUGUGAAGACGGUUCAAAAGGAGGGGAAAAAGAAAGACGAUUGAACUCUGUGCGCUCCCAAGACAUUCCCUCCUCAUCAUCAUCCUCGUCCACAGUCUCUCGAUUCAGAGAGAAGGAGCGCGAGCUGAGCAGAGCAUUGGUGGACCCGGGCAGGUCUAAAGAGAACAUUAAGCCCAACCAGCAUGGAGGAAGUAGCAACGGUCUGGGCCAUCGGAGGCAGUGCAGCGGCAGUGAGACCAGCACUCAGCAGGCCAUCACGAUCAAGAGGAGCUCUAGUGCUCAAGGAGGAGCAGGAAACUAUGAGGUUAUUACCAUUGACGAUGACGAGGACGUCAUACCCACGAAUACCAAAACAGCGGAUAGUAGAACAUCCCGGAUGAUGACAGUGCCACACCUGGACACCCAGUCAGGAUCCCGAACAGACUACUUGGCGCGGGGAGGUGGCGGCGCCUCACAGAGGGAUUACCUGUCAAGGGGCGGGACACAGACUUUGGGAGGAUCAGUGAAAGUUGAAACCGUGACAGCGCUGCGUAGCACGCCUCAGUGGCUGACUGCCACCACCACCUCCUUAGCUUCAACCCCCAGUUCAGCUCAGCCCAUCAUUCGGCCCUCGGCCUCUCCUUAUCAGACCAUCAGCCACAUGGGCUUUCAUGGGGUUGGAGCCAGGACUCCCCCUUCAAAUGACCCCCCGGCACCCCCGGUGACGGGACUGGCACGUUUCCAUCAGUCACUGAGGACUCCCUACACACUGAAGCUGCCAAAUGAGCCUGGACGUCAGGAUCUCAGACACAUCAUCAUAGAUGGCAGCAACGUGGCUAUGGCUCACGGUCUUCAUCGGUUCUUCUCCUGUCGAGGCAUAGCGCUGGCUGUGGAGACGUUUUGGAGGCGGGGCCACAGGGAGAUCACAGUAUUUGUCCCUCAGUGGCGUCAGAAGAGAGACCGACUCACAACAGAGCAACAUUUUCUAAACCAGCUAGAAGACCUGCGGCUGCUCUCCUUCACUCCCUCCAGAGAGGUGUGCGGUCAGAGGAUAUCCUCACAUGACGACAGGUUCCUGCUCCACCUCGCAGAGAAAACAGACGGGAUCAUUGUAACCAACGACAACCUGAGGGACUUUGUUGACACCUCAGACACCUGGCGCAAGAUCAUUCAAGAGAGGUUGCUUCAGUUUACUUUUGUGGAGGACCACUUCAUGAUCCCUGAUGACCCUCUGGGGAAAAACGGACCUCAUCUAGACACCUUUCUGCGUAAAGAAAAAGGAAGAGCUCCAGUCACUCCUCCCCCACUGAGACCCCCAGACUUCCGGCCGUCCUCCCAGCAGCAGCAGCAGCAGCAGCAGCAGCAGCAGCAGCAGCAACAGCAGCCAGUUUACGUCCAGGCCCUCCACUCGGCUCCUCGGACCCCCGCCUCCACGCCCCGGCCCCCUCCCUCCCUGAUGCCUCACCCCACUGCACACUGGCCCCAUUCCGGUCCCCCCGAAUGGCACCCGCCCCGCCGUUCCCCUUCCCCUUCGCCCUCACCUCCUCCCCAGCGGUCGCCAGGGGAGACAUCAGAGCUGAAGAGAAAGCUGUAUGACAUCUUCCCCGACCAGAAGCAACGGAUCGACCGCAUCCUCAGUGACAACCCGUACAUGAGAGACCUGAACGCCCUGUCCGGGCUGCUGCUGGGAUAAAUAACUGGCUCAGCAAUGAGAAUCAGCAGACACACAGUACAUAUGCACACAUAUGCAAGAAUAUUACGUGUCAGCAUAGAAAUAAUUUAUUUUAUCAUUUCUUUGAGCCUGGAGGGAAUGAAAAGUUUAACUUUAAUAUUAUUUUAAAUGAAGACUGAUCAUCAAACUGCUAGCUGCUAUUGGCAAAAAGAUUUUAUUUUUUUUUUUAAAGAUUUUUCUCUCCCUCUUCUUUGCUCAUAAACUGAUUAAGGUGAGCCACACUGGUGUCUACAGAACCAAAAUAUCAACAAAUUACCAUACGUGUCAAGCAGCAAAGUCUAUAUUGUUUAAUUGGUUAUAAGUCAUUACAGAUCUUUGACAACAGUCCAGAGGUUCCUUGAAUGUGGGACCAGCACUGGGAGAAAAAUAUUUUGGACCAACAACAGUGAACUGGUCACACUGGUGACUGUGACUGAAGCUCAGCACAUGAUGGGUUCCCUCUCCAAAACCUUGUUUACCAUCAGACUCAAACACCUCGUUGAAUAUCCAAGCUCUGAGCUUUUAAGAGGUUUAACUUGGGACAGACAGGGUUUGCAUGUUUUUAUGCUUUCAGAAUUUUAGGUAUACACUUGUUCUGUUCUGUAAUGGUGAGUUCACUGAUAGGCAGUUCUAGGUUUUUGAACUGGGAGCAGUUUCAGCAGUUUGGAGUCAUCGACUGAGUUUAAAAGUACCACUGAUUUUAUUUUAUUUAUUCCUUUUCCUUGGCAGUGUACUUUAGGAAGCAUGAUGAGAUCACCAGCAUCAUUAGCAUCAUAAAAUCACUAUUUGUGACAGUUUAUGUUGGACAGAAAUCUCAAAAGCCACAUUUGUAGAGACACAUCUGAGACACAACAAGAGUUUUGCAGAUAACUACAUUAAAGAAACACCUUAAAGCGUGUGUAAGGCCAGUAUUUUAAAGCUAUAUUGAUGGGCAUUUCUGAGCAUAUGUAGUUCUCAUUAUUUUAGAUUUAGUUUAGUAUUUGUAUUAUACAAAAUGUACAGUAUAUAUAAAGGCUGAAAUAAUCACACAUAACAAUCCAUUUCUCUAAUUAAGGCCUCAGCUAUACGUACUCAGAUACAUUUAAAAUCUGAUAUUUUUCCUGUUGUUUUUUUUUUUUUUUUUUUUUUUACAAUGAGUCCAAACACGUCAAAACAACUAGAGAUCUAUUCACUAUUGAUUCCCCUUUGAUAUGAGCACAGAGGAACUCUCUGUGAUGCUCUAAACGUGUAAAGGUUUUUCUUCUACUCUUCAAAACUGACAUUUCUGGUAGACCAAAUAACACUGGGUGCUGCAGACGGCUCUGUUUGUCUGUGAAGAGGUGCAGCAGUACUAAGUUUCAGGGUAAAGUAGUGGGGCUGCUCCAUUUCAGUGCGCCAGUGCACUGUUUCACACAUAAUGGUGAGGGCCGGGCAAGGUGUUUAAAUGGAGUGUAAUCUGUCAGCCAGCAGCAGCCAUCACGUAAUUUUCUGACAAAACAAACAAUGCUGGCCUAUAGGGCAAAAGCCAGGGUAGCUUUUCUAGUUGACAAAUAAUUGCCUACAUGGACAGUGAUGUUCAAAAUUAUUUUAUGUAAGCCUGAACGACAUUCAUCAGUUCUGUCUUAUCAAUCUCCCUUGACUUGUUUGUGUUUGUUAGGGCUAUGUGGUAGCAAUGACGUAUACACACGCAUCUGCUGGCUCCCAUUACUGUCAAAUGGUGUGCAGACUCCGCCUACUCAGUGCAUCACAGGCGUAGGUCAGUGUGCUAAUGGUGUGGACCCAGUCAUUAGAAAAAGCAGUGCUGACAAAACUUAACAAACCGGUUGUCCGCCAUUGUUGUUAUUUCUUUUGCAUGCUCAUUACACAAAGCAACAAUUGACAUGCUUGAAUUGAGGGGAUGACAUCAUGUUUGCCCAACACUCUGUUGUACAAGUCCACACAGAUACACCGUCAAUAGAGUUUUGAAAAAUCCACACGUGAAUAAAGUCUGUUUUAGUAACCAAAAAGUAGAGGAAAAUAUAUGUUUUCAAAUAUAUCUGUAUACGUGUAGAAAGGGCCGAACACAGCACUGCCCAUCUCUAUCCCUUUAAAAUGUUCCCUGUAUAUCCUGGCCUUCACGCCAAAUAUGACUGCUGAAUCCAGAUGUUUUUAUACACCUCCAAUUCUUCAUAAAGUGUCUACCUAAUUAUAGAUUGAUUUUAAAAAAAUUUUUUUUUUUUUUUUUUUCAUAAAGAAUCUGUUUUCCAGUCACAGAGUUGUUGUUUUUUUACAUUGAUGAUGCUUUACUGUAGAGUUUAAUGGUUUGGCAGAAAUUGGCUCAAUAAUCAGAAGGAAAUUAGGUACUAUUGUAUUUAGGUAGUCUUCUGCAGAUAAAGAGUAUUUGUAACAUUUCAACAGAUUAUUAGUUGAGAUUCAACAAUUCAGCUGUUUUGUUUUAUUCUGUAGAUGUUUAACAGGUUAUGUAGAGAGUAUAUGUGACAAUUUACGACAUUCUCAGAAUAUGUAGAGAAUAUGUAGUGGAUUUUACACUAAAAACAUCUGUAGUCAAACAGUUAAAUAGUAAUAGUUGAAUCUCAGCUAAUAACCUGUUGAAAUGUCACAAACACUCUCUAAACUAUUUGUAGGCAGUCUAUCCAAAUAAAGUGUUUCCGGAAGUUUUAGUGUAUUUGAGUAUCAUCAUAACCCCGACCCCAACAUUCUCUGUCACUGAAGAUGUGUUGCUUCUAAAACCUUCUGUUUUUAAGUGAUCUCUGAAAAGCUGGGGAAGAACUCAGGUACUGAAACUUGAUUUACUGCUGUGAUAGUCUGUGACUGAGACGAGCAUUUUGGAUUUGGUUGAAUCUGUUCCCAGCAUCAGUUGUUCCAGUUUGAUACACUUUGUUUUCAGGAGGAUGCGGUCACUGGUUCUACAUCAGCAUUUUGUUCUAAGAUGCUUUGGUUUGUCCUCUGUGGUCUUAAGGCAGUGCAUAUGUCAGUCCACUACACUACAAGAGUUUGGAUUUAUCCUUUGUUGAGUUGAACGACCCACUUCAAUUUGAAAUCACUAACCAUACAGUACGUUUGCUCACCAAAAAAAACAUCUCGCAAAGAAGACAGAUAUACUUAAGUUACAUUUGUAAUUAGUGUUAAAUAGCUCAAUUCCAUGCACUGAAGGUAAGUGAUGGUGUAGUGAGUAAAACAAGGUUUCACUGAUGAUUCAUCAGAAAGCUUGUAGUGGGGGUUUUUUUUUUUACCCUCACACACCCAGAGAAUGUGGGCCGCAGCUUGCAUAUUUGAUGUGCAUCUGAGUUUUGUAAUAUACACACACUUUAUCUCCUUGUAAGAAAAAGAAUAUCUGCACAAAAACUUUACAAGGUGUUGAAAAAUACGUUUUGUUCGUACUUGCUAUGUUGUUGUUGUAAGGAUUACUGAAGGAUUUUCUCUUUUGUUGUAUUAUAAUUCUUUUGUGUAUAUUGAUUUCUUUUUUGUAAAUACAAGCAUUUUUGGCUACGGUGCACAUAGGGUUUUAUGUAUGUGAAAAAACAAAAUAAAUGCGGCUGUCCCCAUAAAACGUU